GCCGCAACGGGAAAGGGGCCGGCCCACGAAAGGGGCCAUUCAAGCCGCAACGGGAAAGGGGUCGGCCAGGAAACGGGCCAUUCAGGACGCAACGAGAAAGGGACCAUUCAGGCCGCAAACCAAAAGAGGCCAUCAAGGAAAGGGGCCGGCCAGGAAAGGGGCCAUUCAGGCUGCAACCAGAAAGGAGCCAUUUAGGCCGCAACCGGAAAGGGGCCCUCCCGGCAACAACCAGAAAGGGGCAAUUCAGGCCGCAACCGAAAAGGGGCCGGCCAGGAAAAGGGCCAUUCAGGCCGCAACCGGAAAGGGGCCAUUCAGGCUGCAACCGGAAAGGAGCCGGCCAGGAAAGGGGCCAUCCUGGUCGCAACGGGAAAGGGGCCAUCCUGGUCGCAACGGGAAAGGGCCAUUCAGGCCGCAAUGGAAAAGGGGCCGGCCAGGAAAGGGGCCAUCCUGGUCGCAACGGGAAAAGGGCCAUCCUGGUUGCAACGGGAAAGGGCCAUUUAGGCCGCAACCGGAAAGGGACCGACCAGGACAUGGGACAUUCAGGCCGCAACCGGAAAAGGGUCGGCAAGGAAAGGGGCCAUUCAAGCUGCAACCAGAAAGGGGCCGGCUAG